AUGAAAAGGAAAAAGAAGUAUAUGGAAACAACAAAUGCUGUGGAAAUAUUCGGUAAGGAAGAAGAAAUUACGAAACUAGUUCACGAGGCAAAAGAAUCAAUAGAAAAAAUAAUGAACAAGAAAACUGAGCAUGAAAAUAUGGUUGCAUCUGAAAUGUCGAAAAAAGAGGUCUUAGAUGUAGCAAAAGACGAGAUGAAACAAAAGACAAUUGUUAUCCAUGGUAAGAAUGAUUCGUUACAAAAUUCAACAAAAAAAGAUUAUGCGGAAAAAUCUAUCCCAAAGGAGAAAUGUUAUGCAGAAAUGUUCAAAAGUAAGAGGAAGACAAAGAAACAGAAGAAGAAGCUGAAAAGGGCGCCGAUGAUAAAAAGACUGAAGAUGCUAAGCCAGCCGCUGAUUCCAAAGAAACUGCCGACCUGA